AUGGCCGUCGCAAAGCCCGUGCGGUUCCUAGGGGCGCUGUCCGUGGUUCUGGUCUUCUUCGUCAUUUAUCAGUACCUGCGCCCAGUCCAAACUAUUCAACCGCCCGGUACCGUGGUUGGCAAUGGCGACAAGAUCGAGAACUGGGAGCAGGAUCCUCUGCUAGAGCCAAUCGGCGAGCCUCCCGAACCACUCUGGCGACACACCGAACACGACUAUACCCCCGACAGCCUCAACUCAGCGCGCAUCAAUGCCACACUCCUAUCUCUCGUCCGCAAUGAAGAACUCAAUGAACUUCUCCCGACCAUGAGGCAGCUCGAAGAGACCUGGAACUCCAAGUUCAACUAUCCGUGGACAUUCUUCAACGAUGUCCCUUUUACCGAAGAAUUCAAAGAAGCCACACAGGCUGUCACAAAGGCCAAGUGUGCCUACCAUGUCAUUCCGAAAGAGCACUGGGAAAUGCCUUCCUGGGUCAGCCAGGAACUAUAUGAAGAGUCGGCCGAGAUUCUGAAAGAGAACGACGUCCAGUACGCGGGGAUGAUCUCAUAUCACAAGAUGUGUCGAUGGAACAGCGGCAUGUUCUACCGCCAUCCAGCCCUCGAACAUACCCAAUACUAUUGGCGCGUGGAGCCAAAAGUCAAGUUCUUCUGCCAGGUCGACUACGAUGUCUUCCGCUAUAUGCAAGACCAUAAUAAGACCUAUGGGUUUAAUAUCAAUCUGUUUGACUCGCCGGAAUCUAUCCCAUCCUUAUGGCCAGAGACCAUCAAAUUUCUGGCAGCCCACCCAGAGUACCUCCACAAGAACAACGCCAUGGCAUGGCUGGUGGACAAUACUCGCCGACCAGAAAACAACAUCAAGGCACAUGGAUACAGCACCUGCCACUUCUGGUCCAAUUUCGAAAUCGCCGACCUGUCGUUCUGGAGGAGUCAAAUCUACGAAGACUAUUUUACUCACCUGGACCGGACGGGUGGGUUCUUUUAUGAAAGAUGGGGCGAUGCACCUGUCCACAGCAUUGCACUGGGCCUUUUUGAGGACGCCAGCAAGAUCCACUGGUUCAAGGAUAUCGGAUACAACCAUAUCCCAUUCUACAAUUGCCCCAACUCACCUAAGUGCAGUGGGUGCACACCCGGCCAGUUUUACGGCGGGGAACCUUGGCUGCAACGAGAAGACUGUCGACCGCUAUGGUUCAAAUAUGUUGGUAUGGGGUGA